AUGAUUCGGUUUAUAGGGGUGGAAUUUGGGAAGGAGUCAAAGAAAAAAACGAUGUCUGCCAAAUGCGUUCAGGAAGACAACGCACUCUUCAAUGAGUACGUCAAUUUUGACGACGCUCCAGACGUUCCAGACCUCGCAGUGACUCCCCAACGAGACGAUGUUGUAGUGGAAGAAAAAACCGAACAAACAGCUCAAGACCCAUCCCGCGACAUUAAAGAGGAAGCUAACAGAGAGCGAAUCACUCAACUUGAGAACUUGUCGCGCAACAUGACUUUCGAGGAAUUGAACGAAAUUAUGGUCGAGCUCCGUAAUUACCAACGAGAGAGCCAAGUUGAAGGUAUGAGCGUGCCCGUCAUCACCGACCGUGAUUUUGAAGGCAUUUUCCUUAUGGAGACCGCAAGUGACCCACGAUACACACACUCUAUUUCAAGUGGUGUUGAUGUUUGGAGAAGAAAGGUUAACGGUAGCACGUGGAAUGGGGUUGCCCGAGCUGUCAUCCCGAACAUUACGCCGAAACGGAUGUGCGAGUUGUACUGGGACUAUUCAAUACGAAGAAGGUGGGACAGUUUUUACACAGUUAUUGAAGAUAUAGAGAUCCUGCCAAACGGAAACAAGGUUUCCAGAACCGCGACGUGGACACCAAAAUUGUUUAAACAAAGAGAUUAUGUGCACGUCAGAGAAGUCAUCGAGACAGACAAUUGUUGUGUUGGUGUAUACCUGCCUGCCGAACACAACAAUGCACCAAUCGACAACAAGAAAUUCAUCCGUGGAUUGGUCAAUUUCAGUGGGUUUGUCUUUAGAAAACAGGGAAACGAUUGCUUGUGCACUUUGAUGACGCAAACUGACAUCACAAUCGCCCUUCCAGACUUCAUCAUCACAAAGUUUAUUGCCCUUGCAAUUCGUUUGUACCUAAAAUUGAUGAAACAAGCAGCUUAUAACGACCACGUGAGACAGUACAAGGCUUGA